UCCCGGGGGACCGGCUGAACCUGAGUGGAUCGACUUCACUGCAGUGUGGGGGGAUACGGCCUGAGGGAGAAAAAAGGGGUGCUUGGAAGCAGCCCCCGAUUCCCUCCCCUGGAGGCACAGAGGGCGGGGGCCUUGGCGAAUGGCUUUCUUGCUGGCCACUGGCGGAGGUUUGGAUUCAGGAUUUGUUCCUAGUGUCCAAGACUUUGAUAAGAAACUUACAGAGGCUGAUGCUUACCUACAAAUCUUGAUAGAACAAUUAAAGCUUUUUGAUGACAAACUUCAAAACUGCAAAGAUGAUGAACAAAGAAAGAAAAUUGAAACUCUCAAAGAGACAACAAAUAGCAUGGUAGAAUCAAUUAAACACUGCAUUGUGUUGCUGCAGAUUGCUAAAGACCAGUGUAACGCGGAGAAGCACGCAGAUGGAAUUAUAAGUACUAUUAAUCCUGUAGAUGCAAUAUAUCAACCUAGUCCCUUGGAACCUGUGAUCAACACAAUGCCUACCCAGACUGUCUUACCUCCAGAACCUGCUCAGUUGUGUAAGUCAGAGCAGCGUCCAUCUUCCCUACCAGUUGGACCUGUAUUAGCUACCCUGGGACAUCAUCAGACUCCAACACCAAAUAGUACAGGCAGUGGGCACUCACCACCUAGUAGCAGUUUGACUUCUCCAAGCCAUGUCAACUUGUCUCCAAAUACUGUCCCCGAGUUCUCUUAUUCUAGCAGUGAAGACGAAUUCUAUGAUGCUGAUGAAUUCCAUCAAAGUGGCUCAUCCCCAAAGUGCUUAAUAGAUUCCUCUGGAUCUGCCUCAGCCUUGACACACAGCAGUUCAGGAAAUAGUCUAAAGCGCCCAGAUACCACAGAGUCACUUAAUUCUUCCAUGUCCAGUGGAACAAGUGAUGCUGACCUUUUCGACUCACAUGAUGAUAGAGAUGAUGAAGGGGAGGCAGGGUCAGUGGAAGAGCACAAAAGCGUUAUCAUGCAUCUCUUGUCACAGGUUAGGCUUGGAAUGGAUCUUACUAAGGUAGUUCUUCCAACAUUCAUUCUUGAAAGAAGAUCUCUUUUAGAAAUGUAUGCAGACUUUUUUGCACAUCCGGACCUGUUUGUGAGCAUUAGUGACCAGAAGGAUGCCAGAGAUCGAAUGGUUCAGGUUGUGAAGUGGUACCUCUCCGCCUUUCACGCAGGAAGGAAAGGAUCGGUUGCCAAAAAGCCAUACAACCCCAUUUUGGGCGAAAUCUUUCAGUGUCACUGGACAUUGCCAAAUGAUACCGAAGAGAACUGUCCAGAUUACAGACUGACUCAUUACAGGUCUAUCCUCACAGUGCCCUGGGUGGAACUAGGCGGAGAAUGCAAUAUCAAUUGUUCCAAAACCGGCUAUAGUGCAAAUAUCGUCUUCCACACUAAACCUUUCUAUGGGGGCAAGAAGCACAGAAUUACUGCUGAUUUUUCUCCAAAUGACAAGAAGUCUUUUUGCUCAGUUGAAGGGGAAUGGAAUGGUGUAAUGUAUGUAAAAUAUGCAACAGGGGAAAAUGCAGUUUUUAUAGAUACCAAGAAGUUGCCUAUAAUUAAGAAGAAAGUGAGGAAGUUGGAAGAUCAGAAUGAGUAUGAAUCCCGCUGCCUUUGGAAGGAUGUCACUUUCAACUUAAAAAUCAGAGACAUUGAUGCAGCAACCGAAGCCAAGCAUAGACUUGAAGAAAGACAAAGAGCAGAAGCUCGGGAAAGGAAGGAGAAGGAAAUUCAGUGGGAGACACAGUUAUUUCAUGAAGAUGGAGAAUGUUGGGUUUACGAUGAACCAUUACUGAAACGUCUUGGUGCUGCCAAGCAUUAGGUUGGGAAAUGCAAAGUUUACACCUGACGACCAGGGCAAUAGGCAUAAUUAAGCAACAAUCUUCCUUUGGGAGAACCUAUUCACUCCCUUCUUAUUGCAGUGGUUCCUAUCUCAGGGAUACUGGACUUUCUGAUGCAGAUGAACAAUUAAAGCAAGAAAAGCUUCCCUUUUUUCCUUUUCUGUGGCAGUUACAAUUUUGACUUCAGUCCUGAGAAAAACUUCAGGUUUUGAAAACAAGAUGUCUGCUUUUUUCCCCAAACCCUGUGCUUUGAAAAGCAUUUAUAAAUCCCGGUCUUAAACCUUGCACACCUAGUAUGGCUGUUAAGAUAUACAUCUGUUCCUAGUUCAUUUAAUCUUGGGUUCUACAUACAUAUACACACACACAUAUACCUAAUGCCAGAUUUUUCAUAAAUACUCCAUCUGUAAAUAUUGGUUUCUCUGAGUUGUUUUAGAAACUUAGUGCAAUGUAUUAAAAUCAAGUGUUAGGAAA